AUGGGAACUGAUGCUUCCCUGCCGGAGCGCGCUUGUUCAAUGUUAAGAUCUUUGACAAUUCUUCCUGCGGAGAGUUCAGAUCUGAUAGCAAUGCUGCGCUUGAAGUCUCACUAUUUAUACUUCGCAAAGGCGGCCCCUUGUUCUGAGCGUGGAUUUUGCGUUGGUGUCACGAUUCAGUUAAACACUGGGGACCUGGACCUACUCCGCCGGGGCGUGGCCAAGAGGAAACUGACAAGUGCGCGGCUGCGGGAGUCAAUCGGGUAUCCGGACUGGGCAUUCGACCCCACAACCUCGCACCGCGUCAGGGUGCAGCGCAACUGCUCCUCCCCGCCUUGCUGCCAGGCUUCUUUGACCUGCAUUAGGCGCCCCGCACCCCAAUUCCUCUCUAUCGAUGCACUCGGAAGCUCGGCUGAGGCUGCCUGGCGCUGGAACCAGGAAGGCGGUGAGCUUAAACUGAACCAAGUUCGGAGGACGGCAGCGGCGCCCAGAUUUGAAGGAAGGUUUUUUGGUCUGUGGCGCUUGCAAGUCAACCGGAGGCGUGAAGCCGGAGGCCAGGACCCAGAAAUGGGACGCCGGUCUUCAGAUACUGAAGAAGAAAGCAGAAGCAAGAGAAAAAAGAAACACCGUAGACGGUCAUCUUCAAGUAGUUCUUCAGAUAGUAGAACAUACAGCCGAAAGAAAGGUGGAAGGAAAUCAAGGUCAAAGUCAAGAUCUUGGUCCAGAGAUCUUCAGCCUCGUUCUCAUUCAUAUGAUAGAAGACGCAGGCAUCGAUCAAGCAGUAGCUCUUCUUAUGGCUCUAGAAGAAAACGAAGUCGAAGUCGUUCAAGGGGCCGAGGGAAAUCCUAUAGAGUUCAGAGAUCUAGGUCAAAAAGCAGAACAAGAAGAUCCAGAUCAAGACCUCGUCCACGGUCCCACAGUCGAAGCAGUGAAAGGUCCAGUCACCGAAGAACCCGUAGUCGAUCUCGGGAUAGAGAACGACGUAAAGGCAGAGAAAAGGAGAAAAGAGAAAAGGAGAAGGAUAAAUGCAAGGAUAAGGAAUUACACAACAUCAAACGGGGGUGAGUU